AUGGCAACAAUGUUUGAAGAUUGUUUUAAAAUGGAUAAACUCCAUGAUUUUAAAUUAUUGACAUCACUCGGUGUUAUUGCAACAUGUAUAUCUUACUAUCUUAGACCGAAACCCUAUAAAAUACCAGAUAGAUUGAAAUCGAAAACCUAUAGAUUAUCAUUCGUUGAACACCUGCUAGGAGCAACACUAAUUUUAUGUAUCAUUGCAAAUGUUGGAAUUAGAGUUGCAAAAGGUGUGCCUCAUUGGUUGUGUCAACCUUGUCAUGUCCUUUCAUUUUUACUUGUUUAUGUUAUUUAUUAUGGUGAUUUAGAUACAAGAGUAUUCCAUUAUUAUUUCUAUUCCAUGUGGAUGCCGUAUAAUAUUUCUAGAAAUUUAAUAUUAAUGUUUAUAAAUAUGCUCAGUGUUAUUGGAUUAUUAUCACCACCGAAUGCAAGUUGGUUUACAUGGUGGUGGGAACCUCAUGUUUUCUAUAUUCACCAUGUUUUGCUGCUGGCAAUUCCCUAUUACUAUUUGAUGAUCAACCACAGAUUCCACCCACAUCUCAUCACCAAGACAUCGUCACACUCUGACUAUAAGGUCGAUCAUAUCACCAACCAAAAGAGUCGUUUCAGAUUCUUCAAUCAUAUUUUCGGAUUCGGUGUCAUCUACCACGCAUUCUUUUUGGCGAAUCUAGGUCUCUAUUUGGACGAGGAUUUCGAUUCACUCCGUUGCAGAUUCUCCGGUGGUGAAAUUUUUGGAAUCUACUGGAGAGAGGCACUCAUAUCUCUUUGUUACGUUGCAUCCAUUCUAUUUGCAUGGAUUCCAGAUCACUUUGCACACAAACACUUCAUUAAGAAAUCAUUGAAAUCUUCAACAAAGCAACACAGCAAUAAUGUUUCAUCCGAGAACAGUAUUAAUACUACAAAGAAUACCAAUAAAUCAAAGAUAAAUUAA